GUCAUAAUGAAAGUGAUGAGGAGAAAAGCCCAUGCUGACCUGAAUCUCCAUUUGCAGCAAUCCUACAGAGCAGGGCUUAGUCCGCAUCCUGGACAGAGGUACAGUGGUGCACACCCGUGAUGCCAGCAACUCUACACCUUGAGUUUCCAGACAGCCUGGACUGUACAUGAGAAAGAAAACAAGAAGAAGAAAAGAAACUCCCUUUGUUUUCUCCUAACAGAGAAGUGAGACCAGGUUCCAGUUCACCACCCUUGGGCUUCCCUGCCCUGCCCCUUGGAGACUCAGCCCCAUGUCCCUGAGUCUGGUUCCUCACUUCUUUCUCCCAGCUUCCCAACUUCCACAGCGAGAGGCCCUGUGGCCCUUUAUCUAUGUUCUCAGACCUUGCAGGGUUUCUGAAGUGGAUGCGUCUCCUGCCCGUCUUGUGAGUAUUGGCAACGUACACGAGUUCCUCCCUGCUCUGAUUCUGCUGGUGUUGAGAUGGGCUGGCACUCGCUGCUGCCUGGCCUGCUCCUUUGCCUGCCUCUGGCGACAGGCUGGACUACUUCCAAAUGCCUACUGACGGAAGGCUCCCAACUGCCCCUGGUCUCUCGCUACUUCUCUCUCUGCCCUGUCUCCCAGGUGUCCUUCCUUGCCACAUGCCUCUCAGUGACCAACCUGACACAGACCUUGGCAGCUGUGCCUCGGACUAUAGAGGGGCUCUGCCUCAGCGGCUCAGUGUCUUCUCUGCCUCCAGAUGCUUUCUCUGCUUUUCCCAGACUCAAGUUCCUGGGGUUGAAUUUGCAUCUCACCCAACUCCUGCCAGGAGCUCUCCGAGGCUUGGGACAGUUGCAGAAACUCUCUUUUGUAGACCAUCCUUUAAAGAAGAAUCCCCUCUUUCUACCUCCCGAAGCCUUUGCCGACCUGAUUUCCCUCCAGAGACUCUAUAUCUCAGGACCCUGCCUGAACAAGAAGGCAGGCAUCCGACUGCCUCGCAGUCUACAAUGGUUGGCUAUCAAGAACGGUUGCCUUCAGGAUGUGGGGGAGCUGGCUGGCAUGUUUCCAGAUCUGGUGCAAGGCUCUUCUUCCAGGGAUCCGUGGACCCUACACAUGUUGGAUUUGUCAUUCAGCCAGGGACUGACGAUGGCUAGUCCUGGGUCCCUCCAGGGUCUCCAGUUGGAGACUCUGAACCUGGACCGAACACGUCUGGAGGCAGCGAAGGUGAAGGCCCUGGGACUCCAAAAACUCGACAUCUUGUCUGCGCAGCUCACUGCCAUGGCUGAACUGCCCGCUGAGGCUGUGGCCCACUUCAAGCUGCAGGAGUUGAAUGUGGGAAGCAACAAGAUAAGAAAUAUAUCUCAGGAGGCCCUGGCUUCCUGCCGCAGCCUGAAGAUCUUGAAUCUUCCAAGUACUGGCCUGUCGAAGCUACCACCGGGGCUUCUGGCUGCCAUGCCUAGACUUCAGAGACUGAACCUGGCUGGAAACCAAGUGCAGAGCCCGACGCUGUGCAUGAACGAGACCAGAGACGUGUCAGGACUGAUGACUCUGAAUCUGGCAAGCAAUGGGCUGCGCGUUCUGCCUCCGGGCACCUUCUCCUGUUUACCACACUUGCGGGAACUGCUGCUUCAGGACAACCAGCUGCUCUCCUUGGAGGGGCAGAUCUUCCAGAAUCUACAGCAACUAGAGACCUUGAACUUGGAUAAAAACCCCCUGCUUAACCUGGGUAAGAACUGGUUGACUGCUCUGCCUGCGCUGACCACCCUUAGCCUGCUAGACACCCAAAUAUCACUGAGCCCAGACCCUGGUUUCUGGGGAGCAGAGACUCUGCAUACCUUGAAACUGAAACUUCCCUCUCUCCCUGCUCCGGCAGUAUUGUCCCUGCCCAUGUAUCUGACCAGCUUAGAGCUUCAUGCGGCCUCAGGCCUGAAACACUGGAAGCUGUCCCCGAACGUCUUUCCCUUUUUGGAGAACUUAACUAUAGGAGGCAGGGGACUGAGGCUGGAGGUGCAGAAUGCCUCAGAGGUCUUCCCUGCUCUUCGGCAACUUUCCUUGCUCCAGAAUAGCUUGGAGGCCUUCUGCUCCCAAGACACCUCCAACAUUUUUCUCUGGCAGCUCCCAAAACUUCAGUCCUUGAAGAUCUGGGGUGCUGGAAGCCAUUCCAGACCCUGCCUUAUCACUGGGCUGCCCAGCCUACAGCUGCUGAAGCUGGAGAGCCUUCAAUCCAUAACCCAGCCCCGGGCAGUGCAGCUGGAGGAGCUGGUGGGUGAGCUUCCCCAGCUCCAGGCACUACAGCUGUCCAACACAGGGCUCAAGUCACUGUCGGCCACUGCUUUCCAGCGUCUGGCCAGUCUCCGAGUCUUAGCGCUCUACACUGAGAAGGACUUGGUGCUGCAUGACAGUCUGAGGGAGUAUAGCCCUCAGAUGCCCAAGUACAUAUACAUUCUGCACUCACCCUUGGCUUGCCAGUGUGCCAAUGCAUGGGUGGAGCCGUGGGUUAAGCAGUCCACUCUAACAUACAUCCAAAUACUAGGCCCUCAGUUAUGCCCAGCCGAAGCGGGCGAGCCUGCCAAGCAUUCCCUUUUCUCCUUUCUCUGGAGCCACUGCCCCCAGACUUUGGAGUUAAAACUCUUCCUAGCUAGCUCUGCUUUGGUGUUUCUGCUAAUUGCCUUGCCACUCUUCCAAGAAGCCAGGAACUCUUGGAUCCCUUACCUGAAGGCCUUGUUCAGGCUUUGGCUCCAGGGUCGGAGGGGUCAGGGGAAUGAAGGAAAGAGAUUCCUCUUUGACGUCUUCGUGUCCCACUGCAGGCAAGACCAGGGCUGGGUAAUAGAGGAACUUCUGUCUGCCCUGGAGGGCCUCCUUCCAGCUGGCCUGGGGCUGCACCUCUGCCUCCCUGACCGAGACUUUGAACCUGGUAAGGAUGUAGUUGAUAAUGUGGUAGACAGCAUGGUGAGCAGCCGUGUCAUACUCUGUGUGUUGAGCGGCCAGGCCCUGUGUGACCCUCGCUGCCGCCUGGAGCUCCACUUGGCCACCUCUCUCCUGCUAGCUGCCCCCUUCCCUCCCAGGCUGCUGCUAGCCUUCCUGGAACCCAUUUCGCGACACCAGCUCCCCGGCUACCACAGACUGGCUCGGUUGCUUCGGCGAGGAGACUACUGCUUGUGGCCCGAGGAGGAUGAAAGAAAGGAUGGUUUUUGGGCUUGGCUGAGGAGCAAGCUGGGGGCAGCCAGGCUUGGAGUAGGGUGGCACAUGUGAAUUUUAGGGUGGAGGCAGGAGAAGCAAGCCAGCUUGACAGGGGGUCAGUGUGUCUGUGGGGGAAGAGGGGUACAGUGGGGCUGAGAGUCUGAAGUCAGCUUUUACGGGUGCAGGAAUCCACAUGCUGGCGACACAGGUUGGCGGGCGUCGGGGAGAGACGGGGACAGAUUGGAGGUUGAAGGAGGAAAGCUGAGAGAUGGCAGGUGCUCGUGGGGCAUGUGGCAUUCCCGUGAUCUCUAAAACCUCAGUAAACUGGCUAAA